UAAUCAGCAGUACUCAGCUAUACCACAGAUAUUCAGAAAGUGAGUAGAAUUUUUUAGCUUUAAAAUAACAGCUAUCUGAGUUUGGGUUUUUUUUUGAGGGGUCUGAAUAAUGCAAAAGGAAGAGUGAAAAAGCUUCAGUGUUGGCUUUAGUUGUGUUUUUACUGUUUCUAAUACUGGGUCACAGAAGAUACACAAAACUUUUACAGCCCCACUAUAAAACAGCUCUUUAUCUUUUCUCCACUAAUUCUGUGGUGUCACAUUUAACAAAACUAGGAAACUGGAGAUAAUAUAGAUGUUUGCAGAUUGAUGUCAGGUAAUAAAUAACACUAAUUUCGCAUACCUACAAAUGUAAAGGCACCUUAUCACUGUUUAAGUUUCUCACUCUUUGUAAUGCCUGCCAACAUUUUAACUCAGGCAAAUUACGGUAUUGUUUUUGCUGGUUUUUCACUGGGAUAAAAUACACAGUCAUAAUAUCCUUUUAUCAGAUUUCAUGGUAUAAAAGGACUUUGGAACUUAAUUCAAGCUGCAUGUUGCUGAGACAAUUUCAGAGCUCCUGUUUUGGAAAAUGUAUUUGUCUUACCUUUUAGUCAUUGUCUUUUCUUUUCACAGUGGUCUAAGUACCACUUGCCCAAGAAGAUGCAGUUGUGACCCUGCCCUGUCAGUGCAAUGCUACAGAACUAUGGAGAUCCCCAGAGAGAUUCCUGUUGCCACCAGGAGACUCUACAUCAGUCACAGCAAAAUUAAACAACUCCAGAUUACUGACUUCAGGAGAAUGUCAGCCCUUGAAGAGCUGGUCCUAUCAUGCAGUGGCACAGAAUCAAUAGAAAACAACACCUUCAAAGCUCUGAGCACCUUGAAGUCCCUGGAACUCUACAAAAAUCAGCUAAAACAAAUACCCACCUUCCUCCCAUCUGGCCUUGAAAUUUUGAAACUCGCUGAUAACUCCAUCAACACUCUGCAUGUAUCUGAUUUUGAAGGUUUGCUGAAACUAAGAGAGCUCGAUAUUCGAAACAACUUUAUUUCAACUCUGCCUUCAAGCGCAUUUUCUUCCCUUUUGAAUUUACGGAGUCUGAUUCUGGAUGGCAACAACAUGGAAUCUGUGUCUGCACCACUUAAGCUUCCUAGGCUGAAGUAUCUGAGCAUGGCUGAUAAUAAACUGAACUCGUUCCCAACCAACUUCUUUGCAUCUUUCCAGAGUCUACAGUUUCUCAGUUUAAGUGGCAACUUUCUGACAAAAGUGCCUCUUGACCUACCUAAAUCCCUGUUGUCACUAAAAUUAGAGAAAAACCAACUUAAAACAAUAAGACUUCGAGACAUGAAGCACCUAGAAAACCUAUAUGAGUUCUUCCUGUCAGAAAAUCAGCUAACAUCAAUAGAUGGUGUCCAGCUUCUUCCUAACUUAACAACACUGGAGCUCUCUAAGAACCAGCUCCACACUAUGCCAAUCAGGCUGCCUGGCAGAUUGCAGAAACUCGACUGCAGCAGUAACCUGAUUCAAAGGGUGACAGCACAGGACUUCCAAGGACUACAAGACCUCAAGCAUUUGUUUCUUGACAACAACGCUGUUAGCAUGUUUGAGGCAGGAGCUCUUCAGCAGUGUGUGCAGCUUUCAAAUCUGGCGCUGGAACAGAAUCUCCUCAUUUCUAUUCCUCUGAGACUUCCAGACACCCUUGCUAGAUUGGAUCUAAAGGGAAAUGACAUAGAGGAUGUUGGAGAACAGGAGCUGAAGGACUUGAAACAGCUUCAGGUUUUAAAUUUACGGAAUAACAAGAUAUCUGCCUUGGAUCGCAAAGUCUUAGAGUAUUUACCCCGUCUUCGUCAUCUGUAUUUAGACGGAAACCCUUGGAACUGCACAUGUGACCUUCUCAGAACCAGAAGAGCACUGGUGGCCAAAGGGACUGAUGUUAGAGGAGGGCAGUGCGUGGCGCCAGCAGAAAGCCGAGGAGAAAGUUGGAUGUCUUCCAAAAAGAUUCUGCAGCAGUGUGAAGAUAAUCUGUCUUCCAUGGAAAGAGGCAAAGAGGACAGAAAGAAAAUGAAACCCAGUGAGGCCUCCAGCAUUGGAGUGAACACAGAUGAUGACUACUAUGAUUAUGAAUUAGACUGAUGCCAUGGCUAUGAAUUAGACAACCCCAUGCUUGUCUGGAGCUGCCGACUACCACCAGCAUCUCUACUGACAACCGUCUGCUGACCUGACACUAACUUUUCCUCUUUAGUUUGUGCUAUAAGAGGUAAUAGCUAGUGACAGAAGGGCUUAAUAAGGAUGCCAUUGUAAACUGAAAGUCGUAAAAAAUGCAAAUUGUUUCUCUAUCCCACUAGUACUAUGUAGUUUGAGGCAAGUAAGAAUACAAUUACUAACUCUUAGAAAAGCAGUCUGUAAUGCUGUAUGGACCUUUUUAUAGUAGUACAUUCUUAUAGUUGCAUAAAACUUCACAAAUAAAAUCCUGCAAAACCACAAGAUACUAUUACUAGGAGUCUGGCAUUCAACACAUUUAAACUCACAGGUCUGCAGUUGAGAUGGAGUUACACCUAUGUGACCAACUUCUCAGGACUGUUCAAAGAUUAUCACUUUUAAGAAAU